AUGGCACAGCAGGGCGAGAGACGAUCAGAGAGCUCGACCAACUGGCGGCAAAAGGAGCAGCUGCCGGCUACGAGUCCUGACAUCCCCGGGUCGAUAUCCUUCGAUCGGUCGAGAUGGAAGCCGGGUAGUAGCAGCAGCGGUGAGGGAGGCAUCCGCGGCUUUCGAGGCUGGGAGGCCGUUGACAGUGGCAGAGGCAGCCUGAAGUCGCUGGGAGCCAGAUACCACGAGUCUCCCCCUACAAGCACAGGCACAGGCACAGGGCCGUCGUCGUCCUCGUCCUCACAUGCGCAGACGCCCGUUCACCCGGCCAUCGUCGAGCGGAGGAGGCUAUAUGUCGGGAACAUGCCAUACAUGGCGAAGAAGGAGGACGUCGUCGAGCUCUUUGGCGGUCACGGCGAAGACGAGGCCAGCAGCCCCUACAACAUAGAGCGAAUUAAUAUAUCAAUUGACCCCUUUACGGGGCGGAAUCCAUCAUACUGCUUCGUGGACCUCAAGACGGCAGACCAGGCCCGAAAGGCCAUGGCUGAUUUAAACGGUAAGCUCAUGCUGGGCCGUCCCGUCAAGGUCAAUCCGGGAAUUCCCAGGGCAGAUCUACAGCCGCCGCUGGGCCGGCGAGACCUGGACCUGGACACGUCGGAGUUUAGGGAGAAGUCAACGGAGCAGCAGCAGCAACAGCAGCAGCAGGCGGAGACAUACCCUCCCAAGUUCGUCUUUGAACGGUGGACCCGAGACGAUGCCUCGAAGCACUGGUACGGCUACGCUGCGGAGGGGCGCCGGCUGUUUGUCGGCGGCCUGCCCAGGAUGCGUAACCAGCCUACCGUCGACUACGAGAUCCGCAAGGUCUUCUAUGGGUUUAACAUUGAGGCAAUAAGUAAAGUCAUAAUAUCUAAUAAGGACAGGCUCCCCCUGUCAGGAAGCCAGUAUUACUACGUCUUCGUCGACCUAGAGUCUGCAGAGGAGGCUGAUAAGGCUCUCAAGGCCCUGGACGGUGUCAGCGCCAUCUACGGCAACCGUCUGAACAUAAAGAAGGCCAGAGGUGAUUCUCGCAAGCCGUCUGAACGAGACCGCUGGCGAGCGCAGAACCAGAAAGAGGACGAAGAGAAGACUGCUGCCAAACAACAAGACCAGGAUCAUCAUCUCCUUGAUGCUCCUAUUGAAGCCGAGGGAAUCAGCCAGUCGCUUGUAUAA